AUGGCGCAGCGAGGAAUUCAAAUGGACCAAGAAAAACUCUGCUGUUCCAUCUGUCUGGAUCUACUGAAGGAUCCAGUGACUAUUGCCUGUGGACACAACUACUGUAUGAACUGUAUUAAAAGCCACUGGAAUGAAGCGGAUCAGAGGCAAAUCCACAGCUGUCCUCAGUGCAGACACACCUUCAUGUCGAGGCCUGCUCUGGUGAAAAACACCAUGUUAGCAGAUUUAGUGGAGGAACUGAAGAAGACAGGACUCCAAGCUGCUCCAGCUGAUCACUGCUAUGCAGGACCUGAAGAUGUGGCCUGUGAUUUCUGUACUGGGAGAAAGCUGAAAGCUGUCAAGUCCUGUCUGCAGUGUCUGGUGUCUUACUGUGAGCAGCACCUCCAGCCUCACUAUGAAUCCCCUGCCUUUGAAAAACACAAGCUGGUCGACCCCUCCAAGAAGCUUCAGGAGAACAUCUGUACUCGUCACAACAAGGUGAUUGAGAUUUUCUGCCGCACUGAUCAGAAGUGUAUCUGUUAUCUGUGCUCCAUGGAUGAACAUAAAGGCCACGACACAGUCUUAGCUGCUGCAGAACGGACUGAGAGGCAGAAAGAGCUCGGGAUGAGUCAACAAAAGAUCCAGCGCAGAAUCCAGAACAGAGAGAAAGAUGUGACGGUGCUUCAGCAGGAGGUGGAGGCUAUCAAUCAAUCUGCUGAUAAAGCAGUGAGGGACAGUGAAAAGAUCUUCACAGAUCUGAUCCGUCUCAUUGAGAAAAGAAGAUCUGAUGUGAAGCAGCACAUCAGAUCUCAGCAGAAAACUAAAGUUAGACAAGUCAAAGAGCUUCAGGAGAAACUGCAGCAGGAGAUCACUGAUCUGAGGAGGAAAGACACUGAGCUGGAGAAGCUCUCACACACAGAGGACCACAACCAGUUUCUACAGAGCUACCCCUCACUGUCACAUCUCACUGACUCUAAAGACUCAUCCAGGAUCAAUAUCCGCCCUGUGCGACACUUUGAGAAUGUGACUGCAGCUGUGUCAGAGGCCAGAGAUAAACUACAGGACUUUGUUAGUGAUGUGUGGACCAAGAUCUCACUGACAAAGACUGAAGUGGAUGUUUUGCUGGCACAACCUCAGCCCAAGACCAGAGCUGAAUUCUUACAGUAUUCAUGUCAGAUCACACUGGAUCCAAACACAGCAGGCAAUUGCGUCAGAUUGUCUGGAGGGAACAGACGAGCAACAGAAAAUCAGCCAGGAUCUUUACCAGUUAUUCCUCCACCAGGUUCACGCAGUGACAUCAUCAGACUUCAGGUCCUGAGCAAAGAGAGUCUGACUGGACGAUGUUACUGGGAGGUGGAAUGGAGUGGAUCUGCAGUUUCAGUAGCAAGCUACCCCUCACUGAGAGAAACAGAAAAUGAAACUGGAUUUGGGAACAAUGACACAUCUUGGGCAGUAUAUUGUUUGAGUGAUUCUUAUGUAUUCAGACAUAACAACAUCAUCACUCCCAUCUCAGGCCCUCAGUCCUCCAGAGUGGGAGUGUACCUGGAUCACCCUGCAGGUAUUUUGUCCUUCUACAGAGUCUCUGACACCAUGACUCUCCUCCACAGAGUCCAGACCACAUUCACUCAGCCUCUCUAUGCUGGACUUGGUGUUUCUGGUUAUUAUUCCUCUGCUGAAUUGUGUGAUCUCAAGUAGACAAGUGUUAUAAACAAGACAAAGGCUGAGAAUCUACUUUUAGGUAGUAAAUUUACUCUCCAUCUUUGUUGUUCAGCUCUCUGUGCUGUGAUGGUUCUGCACUGAACAGUCACUCAAACAGUGUGGAUAUAUGUAGAUAUAUGUAUAUCAAGCAUAUAUGUAUAGAUCUUAAAUAUCAGAUGAACAGAAAUGAACAGAAUCUAUAAGUGUGGGGGUUUUCUUUUAAAAUCUGUUCAGUAAAAUAAUAUUGUAGAGUUUCAUUUUUUCACAUAAUGUUCAUAUAGUGGGAAACUUUGAUUAAUUGGAAACAAAAAUAAAAAAAAAAUCGACAGCUAUGUAUUUAGAGUGUUUAUAUAUAGAAAUAAACUCAUGUAAAUGUUGACAUAUAUACAGUUUUUCUGCUGUAAAGUGUUUGAUUUGAGCUCACAGUUGAUCAUAGUUGAUGUUUAUUUUUCAAAAGUGUAGUUAAGAUGUAUAAUUAUUGUUACUAUACUGAUAAUCAUUUGUGAAGUAUUGUUGAUUUUCCUCUACAGUACAGACAUUCUGGUUCAUCAGACUUAAUGUGGAUUAAAUGAAUGGAGAAACUGAACCAGGAUUUAUUAAUUAGAUCAUUUAAUAAAGUUGAUUUUUUCCCUCAAGGACUGAUAAAGUUUUGUUUUUUUUAUGAAUGUGUGGAAUAAAAAAUAUCUUUGG